AUGGCUGAAAUCGAGAAGAAGGUCGAAGAUCUGACCCUGAACCCCCCCGCUGCCGGCAAGCCCCAGGGAAAGCCCAAGGAGAAGAAGGCCAAGAAGCCCGUCGCCGAGGGCUCCUACCCCCUUGAGGUCUCCCCUACCCCUGAGUAUGUCGAUCACCGUAUCUCCAUGUUCGACGAGCUCAAGAAGAAGGCUGACGAGGCUGACGCUGCCCAGCCCCGUGUCCCCAUCACUAUCACCAUGCCCGAUGGCUCUACCCGCGAGGGAACCGCCUGGGAGACUUCGCCCUUGGAUAUCGCCAAACAGAUCGCCAAGUCCCUUGCCGAGCGCGUCGUCAUCGCCAAGGUUGACAAAGUUCUUUGGGAUUUGGAGAGACCCAUGGUUGCAUCGUGCAAGCUCGAGCUCUUGGACUUUGAGCAUGAGGAGGGCAAGGCCGUUUUCUGGCACUCGUCUGCUCACGUUUUGGGAGAGGCUUGCGAGAAGCACUACGGAUGCCACUUGUGCAUUGGACCACCAAUUGAGGAUGGUUUCUACUACGAAAUGGCGAUGAAGGAUGAGCGUGUUGUUUCCCAGAGCGACUACGCUAACUUGGAGACUUGCGCCAAGAACGCCAUCAAGGAGAAGCAGCAGUUUGUUCGUUUGGAGAUGAAGAAGGAGGAGCUCUUGGAGAUGUUCAAGCACAACCAAUACAAGGUUCACUUGAUCCAGUCCAAGAUCCCCGAUGGCACCUCCACCACCGUCUAUCGCUGCGGACCCUUGAUCGAUCUGUGCCGUGGACCCCAUAUCCCCAACACUGGCAGAAUCAAGGCCUUCGCCAACUCUGCUUCGUAUUUCUUGGGUGAUGCCAAGAACGAUUCUCUUCAGCGUAUCUAUGGUGUCUCCUUCCCCGACACCAAGCAGAUGACUGAACACAAGAAGUUCUUGGAGGAGGCCGCCAAGCGCGACCAUCGCAAGAUUGGAAAGGAGCAGGAACUGUUCUUCUUCCACGAUCUCUCCCCCGGUUCGUGCUUCUUCCUCCCUCACGGAGCCCGUAUCUACAACACCCUUAUGGACUUCAUCAAGGGCGAGUAUUACAAGCGCGGAUACACUGAGGUCAUGUCGCCCAACAUGUACAACGUCAAGUUGUGGCACACUUCGGGACAUUGGCAGAACUACCAGGAGAACAUGUUCUCAUUCCCCGUUGAGAAGGAUACCUUUGCUCUCAAGCCCAUGAACUGCCCUGGACACUGCUUGAUGUUCGGACAUCGUGAGCGUUCGUACCGUGAGCUCCCUCUCCGUUUCGCCGAUUUCGGUGUCCUUCACCGUAACGAAGCCUCUGGAGCCCUCAGCGGUUUGACCCGUGUCCGUCGUUUCCAGCAAGACGAUGCUCACUUGUUCUGCCGUCUCGACCAGCUCGGAGAUGAGAUGGAUGCCACCCUUGACUUCUUGCAAUACGUCUAUGGCAUUUUCGGAUUCGAGUUCUCCUUGGCUCUUUCCACCCGCCCCGAGAAGUUCCUCGGAAAGAUUGAGGAGUGGGACACUGCCGAGAAGCAUCUCACUGAUGCCCUUAACCGCUUCGGUCGCCCAUGGACCAUCAACCCCGAGGAUGGUGCUUUCUACGGACCCAAGAUUGAUAUUUUGAUCCGCGACAGUUUGCGCCGUAGCCAUCAGUGUGCCACCAUUCAGCUCGACUUCCAGUUGCCCGAGCGUUUCGGACUCGAGUACCGCAACAGCGGAGGAGAGGCCUCUGAUUUCUCUCGCCCUCUUAUUAUCCACCGUGCCAUGUUGGGAUCUUUGGAGCGUAUGAUUGCCAUUUUGACCGAGUCUUGCGCUGGUCGCUGGGACUUCUGGUUGUCCCCUCGCCAGGUCCAGGUGAUCCCUGUUGCUGCUGCCUUGAUCCCUUACGCCGAGAAGGUCCAGAAGCAGCUCCACGAUGCUGGUUUCUUUGUUGAUGUCGAUACUUCUGACUCGACCUUGAACAAGAAGAUCCGUAACGCCGAGAUUUCCCAGUACAACUUUAUCUUUGUUGUUGGUGCCGAGGAGGAGUCUUCCAACUCUGUUAACGUCCGCAGCCGUGAUGAUGUUGACAGCAAGGCCAAGGGUCAGGUCCGUCCCUUGGAGGAGGUUCUCUCCAAGCUGAAGGAGUUGAAGGACAAUAAGCUGCGUGGCUCCCGCAUCUAA